GAGGCGCGAGAUGUGAAUUCUGCGUCACUCGGUGGAAGGUUGACAACCCGGAAAGGAGGAAGUCCACUUCUACAAAGAGAUUAUUCAGGGGAUUAUUUACUGUAAGAACAAGUUGAAAGCUGUUUAAACCAACUCUGGUCACCAUGAGCGCUGAACCUGAGGGCAACCUGGAAAGGCCAAGUUUUGGCCCGAGUGAUCGCCUGACCGCCAUGUUCAAGGCCUGCUCCAGAGAUCCAGCAGAGGGGAUUCAGACCAGACUGAGACGCAUGCUAAGCGUAUUCUUGCAGCACUACAGAAACAAUGCAGAAAAUGAGAGGACUAACGAGUCAGCAGAUGAGUGCCGUCAUCAAGCUGGGAAUAGGUAUUACAGGAUCCUGGAGAAGAUUGCCAUUCAAGAGAGUAAACGGCUGGGCAUCAGUGACAUGUCGAGCUUCUUGAACCAUGAACUGCAGCAGUCGUGUCUUGUGGCCUGUUGUCUAGAGAUCACUCUAUCAUUGAUCAACCUGCCAUGUGAAAUCCCUCUGAUCUUCCGCCUGGCACCGUACCACUACAUAAAAGUGAUUGAGCCAGUGUUGCGGGCAGAGCAGCUGCUCAGAUUGCACUCAGUCAUCUCGCCCAAGUGGAGGAGGAAAUUCUAGAGAGCUUGGCUUGGACCAGUGACUCACCACUGUGGGAGGAAAUCAGAGCCAAUGAGGGCCGUUUGCCUACCUGCCAACAGGUGACGCCUCCUAACAGACCGAAGGACCCAAAUGGAUCUGAUGUGCAACCUGAAGGAAACCUACCAGAAGCAGUGUCUGCAGACACUGACGAACAGCCUUCCACAUCAGCUGAAAAACCACAGAGAAGCACGUCCCUCACUGUGUUUGCUCGUAAGGUUUACAUGUUGGCGGAAAGGCAUCUGACGAAGCGGUUUCCCACAUUGGGCAUUUCUGAUGAGCUGCGAGUAAAGAUCUGGACCUGUUUCGAGCACUCUCUGGUCAACUUCCCUCACCUAAUGGAAGACCGUCACCUGGACCAGCUGCUCAUGUGUGCCAUCUUCAUCAUAGCCAAGGCCAUCAAUGAGGAGAUACCCUUUAAGCACAUAGUGAGGUGCUACAAGUCUCAGCCACAUAUCAGCAAAAGCGUCUGCAAAGAUGUACUGAUUUCUGGAGGAAGCGAAGAAGACUCCCUCUCCGGAAACAACAAUAAUGAAGACCAAUGUGCUGGUAUUCCAACUCCUGACACACCAUCAGCGCAUUAUCCUGCACCCCGUGAGGAGCAGAGGGGAAACCUUUUUAAAUUUUUCAACAAUGUCUACUCUCCAAGGAUGUCAGACUUUGCCAAUCAGUUUGCUGCACCUGUUGGAGUAGGCAGCCCUCCUUUGACUCCAUAUCCCAUGCAGAACAGAACAACUCUUCGCCAGCUGCACAGGGACUACAACAUCUUCAUUUCACCACUCGACAGAGGAAUGACCCCCCAAGAAACCUCAGGACCCACCUACACCUUCAACUCUGGCAGUUCAGAGCCUCUGCGUGAGAUCAAUGACAUGGGCAGUGGCAGUGUCCCCGUCAGGCGAGCCCGUGUUGCUUUAUCAAUGGAGGGAGAAGAGGGGGAAGAAGGAGAUGAUGGACCUCCAAGGAGGAGGCGUCGUUCAUCCAAUCAGUCAGCCUUGUUCAGGCGACUUAGGGAUGUGGAGAAUGAUCGAGCAGGUCCACAGCCUGACUUGCUCUCAAGCAGAGAGGAGCGUGAAGUCUAGCUCUGUUUCAAAGGUUGUACUAACAUCAGAUGCUUCAAGGAGAGCACAAUGGAGCUUUCUUUUGACUGAAUUCUUCCAAAAAUCAGACUCUCUGUCUAUAGUCCAAGCUGCUUUAAUUGUAAAGAGUUAAAGUGCUGCAACUAUAUUUAUAUGUUAACAGAUCAAGGCCAGCAUUAAUAGGAAUACUGUACAUGUGCAAUAUUUUAUAAGAUACAUACAGCACUUACAGCUUUUGCAAUGUUUACUUAUUGUUGUUACUUUUAGGUUUUAAUCAAUUUAAGAACUUUCUAGUGAAUUAUGUCCUCAGCUUUUUUUGUCCUGCAUCACAUUAAUUUAAGAAUCAAAUAAUUUUGAUAUAAAAACUCCCAUUCAUUAUCACAUCCAAUCUGUCCUUAACAUUGUGACUGCAAGAAUAUUUUUUAAUCAGGGUUUUUGAGCUUCAUCUGAAGACAUAAAGUCAAUUGAACUGAAGUUUAGGGCUUGAAGGAAUCAUGAUCUAGUGUCUAAUCUUCAUUAAUGUGUGUUUGGAAAAAUGAACCAUCAUCAUCAGCUCGGGCUGCGACACGACACAGAACAGAUUCAAUGUUUGAUUCUAAAUCCUUGUGAAAAAGUUCUGAGAUUAAUUGAUUAAUUUGGAUCAUUUGUAAUAAUCCCUCCUAAUUUUAAGUGUUUGCUGUAUGUUUUGUUGAUUGUUACUGUUCUGGUUUUUGUUUUGUUUCUAACUCUGUACAGCAUUCUGAAUUGCUCUUUGUAUGAAUGGUGCUUUAUAGAUAAACUUACCUUGCAUUGCU